CACGAGGAACUCGAGCGCGACAGUCCCGCGCUCUCGGUGACGACGACAGAGUGGCAUCCCCGGGUGGCAGAAGGUGAAGAAGGCGGGCGAAGAGCACCGCGCGGAGUGGUAUUAAGCGGCAGCACAGUGGCCCGAUGAAGCGGCGUAUGUGACAUCGGGCUUUCCUCUCUCUUGCCACCGUCGAGGAGAAGAAGAGACACCCUCGCAGACAUCUUGCUGCCACCGUCCACGCCGUUGGUCCUCCAUUUGUUUGGAGGCCAGUGGAGCAGCGACGCCAGAGAAUAAUACGAGCUGUGGUAGCCUUGCGGAAGCGUAACAGUAGUUGGCUUCGGCCAACAGAGGCGACAGAGAUAUCAUGGCGACGAUAGACGGCCGGCCGGCCCAAUAUGGUGUCACGCUUAAGCAACUCCGUGAGCUCAUGGAGCUCCGGGGACGCGAAGGUGUCAACAAAAUCAAUAGCUACGGUGGUGUGCAGGAGAUUUGUAAAAAGCUGUAUACUUCACCCAGUGAAGGUCUUAGUGGGUCAGUAGCGGACAUACAACAUAGGCGAGAUACAUUUGGUUCCAAUAUGAUACCUCCAAAACCACCAAAAACAUUUUUACAGUUAGUAUGGGAAGCAUUGCAAGAUGUCACGUUAAUCAUCUUAGAAGUAGCAGCAUUGGUUUCAUUAGGUCUUAGCUUUUAUCAUCCAGCUGAUGAUAGUGAUGAGGAGGAAAAACCUUUAGUAGAUGAGGACGAAGCAAAAUAUGGUUGGAUUGAAGGACUCGCUAUAUUGAUUUCUGUAAUUGUGGUGGUCUUAGUGACGGCGUUUAAUGACUACUCCAAGGAAAGGCAGUUUAGAGGUCUUCAAAGUCGGAUAGAGGGAGAGCACAAAUUCUCGGUUAUACGGCAAGGAGAAGUAAAACAAAUUUCUGUGUCUGAUAUUGUUGUCGGUGACAUUUGUCAGAUAAAAUAUGGAGACCUGUUGCCUGCAGACGGUAUUCUUAUACAAAGCAACGAUCUCAAAGUAGAUGAAUCCAGUCUGACUGGAGAGUCAGAUCAUGUAAAGAAAGGGGAGUCGUUUGAUCCUAUGGUACUUUCAGGUACGCACGUGAUGGAGGGUUCCGGAAAAAUGUUAGUUACCGCAGUAGGUGUUAACUCUCAGGCGGGUAUUAUCUUUACCUUACUGGGUGCUGCUGUUGAUCAACAGGAGCAAGAAAUCAAGAAAAUGAAGAAAGAGGCUAAAAAGCAGCGGAAGAAGAAGUCAUUACCAGGAGAUGAAACGGUAGAGAUUACCGGGAACAGUCACGUGACCGGAAGCGGCGGAGGAGGCGGCGGUGGCAAGCACGAGGGUGGCGAGAAUCAUCACGCGCCCGCGCCCGCGAGCGCCGCGGAAAGCGGGAAGAAGGAGAAGAGUGUUCUGCAAGCCAAGCUAACUAAACUCGCCAUACAGAUCGGUUACGCCGGCUCGACCAUCGCGGUGCUCACCGUCGUCAUUCUAAUCAUACAGUUCUGCGUGACGACCUUCGUCAUCGAGGGCAAGCCGUGGCGAAACACGUACGCCGGUGAUCUGGUGCGGCAUCUGAUCAUCGGUGUCACGGUGCUCGUAGUCGCCGUACCCGAGGGUCUUCCCUUAGCCGUCACCUUGUCGCUCGCUUAUUCCGUCAAGAAAAUGAUGAAGGACAACAAUUUGGUACGUCACUUGGACGCCUGCGAGACUAUGGGUAACGCCACCGCCAUUUGCUCGGACAAGACCGGCACCUUGACUACGAACCGCAUGACCGUAGUACAGUCGUACAUAUGCGAGAAGAUGUGCAAGACGACGCCGAAUUUCUCGGACAUACCGAACCACAUCGGCGAACUGAUCAUACAGGCCAUCUCCAUCAAUUCGGCGUACACGUCGCGAAUAAUGGAGUCGCAGGAACCUGGCGAAUUGUCGAUGCAGGUCGGCAACAAAACCGAAUGUGCCUUACUUGGAUUCGUAUUAGCCCUGGGCAAGAAAUAUCAAACCGUGCGGGACGAUAAUCCUGAGGAAAUCUUUACGCGGGUGUAUACGUUUAAUAGCGUAAGAAAGAGCAUGUCUACCGUCGUUCCCAGGAAAGGCGGUGGAUUUAGGCUCUUCACCAAGGGCGCUUCCGAGAUCAUCAUGAAGAAAUGUGCCUUUAUAUAUGGUCGCGAUGGUCAUCUGGAGACAUUUACCAGAGACAUGCAAGAGCGUCUGGUAAAGAACGUGAUCGAACCCAUGGCAUGCAACGGACUGCGCACCAUCUCCAUCGCUUAUCGCGACUUUGUUCCCGGCAAGGCGGAGAUCAAUCAAGUUCACAUCGACAACGAGCCCAAUUGGGACGACGAAGAUAACCUAGUGAACAAUCUCACCUGCUUGGGCAUCGUCGGUAUCGAAGAUCCGGUACGACCCGAAGUACCGGACGCAAUUAGGAAAUGCCAAAAGGCCGGUAUUACCGUGCGCAUGGUGACGGGUGACAAUAUAAACACCGCGCGAUCCAUCGCGCUCAAGUGUGGUAUUCUCAAGCCGAACGAGGACUUCCUCAUUCUCGAGGGCAAGGAGUUUAAUCGCAGGAUUAGAGACAGCAACGGCGAAGUGCAACAACAUCUCCUGGAUAAGGUGUGGCCAAAAUUGCGAGUACUUGCCAGGUCAUCGCCCACCGAUAAGUACACCCUGGUGAAGGGCAUCAUCGACAGCAAAGCGACCGAGAGCCGCGAGGUCGUGGCGGUGACUGGUGACGGCACGAACGACGGUCCGGCCUUGAAGAAGGCCGAUGUCGGCUUCGCUAUGGGCAUCGCCGGCACGGACGUCGCUAAAGAGGCGUCCGACAUCAUCCUGACGGACGAUAAUUUCUCGUCGAUCGUGAAGGCGGUCAUGUGGGGCAGAAAUGUCUACGAUAGCAUCGCCAAGUUUCUGCAGUUUCAACUGACCGUCAACGUGGUCGCCGUGAUCGUCGCUUUUAUCGGUGCUUGUGCCGUGCAGGACUCGCCGCUCAAGGCAGUACAGAUGUUGUGGGUAAACCUAAUCAUGGACACGUUAGCGUCCCUCGCCUUGGCUACCGAAAUGCCUACGCCCGAUCUACUCCUCCGUAGACCGUACGGUCGCACAAAACCACUCAUUUCCAGGACAAUGAAAAAUAUUCUCGGUCAGGCCUUGUAUCAGUUGAGCGUAAUUUUCACGCUUCUUUUCGCCGGUGACCUGAUGCUCGACAUCGACACGGGCCGCGGAGUCGCGGCGGCGGGCGGCGGACCCACGCAACACUUCACCGUCAUCUUUAACACGUUCGUCAUGAUGACUCUUUUCAACGAAUUCAACGCCAGGAAAAUUCACGGUCAGCGCAAUGUCUUCCAGGGAAUAUUCACCAACCCCAUCUUCUAUUCAAUUUGGAUCGGCACGUGUCUCUCGCAAGUGGUCAUCAUACAAUACGGUAAAAUGGCAUUCAGCACCAGAGCGCUCACGUUAGACCAGUGGUUGUGGUGCCUGUUCUUCGGAAUCGGUACGCUAAUAUGGGGCCAAAUAGUUACGACUAUUCCUACACGCCGAAUUCCCAAAUUCUUUCGUAAAUGGGGCCGCGGCCAGCCGGAUGAUAUCGGCGCGAUCAAUCUAGGAGACGAGAAAUUCGACCCAGACUCGGAUAAAAAGCCGCGAGCAGGACAAAUUCUAUGGAUCCGUGGUCUAACACGGCUACAGACACAGACGAGCAAUAGAACUCUGGUGCAGAAUGUAUCUGUGACAGGCAGAUCCCCUUCUCAGGAUUACUACAUGCUUCGAGUAAUCAGAGCGUUCAAGUCGACUCUGGAAGAUCUGGAGGAGCGUCGCUCUGUCCAUAGUUUACACAGCUUACACAGUAUGCGCAGUUCACGCAGCCACACCGGGCCCCGACCACUCUCUGACUUCACAUACAUUGACGAAGACCCGACAAACACCACCACCACCGCGCAGAACGCCGCCUACAAGUCCUCUAAUAGGAGUGCCGAGCCGAUGAUGAGUCAGGAUUACGAGACAAACUACAAAGGAUCCUCCAGGAUGCAACAAUCCCUCAACAGCCCUGCCUCGCCGUUGUUGCUGAGUGUGACCGGGCCGGCCAACGCGUACAAUCAUCAUUACACCACUACCAAUACCACCAUCACCGAUAACAGAUCCCCCACUAGUAACGCCCACAAUCAGCCCCUGAGCCCCAACUAUAUGGCGCAGACGAGCAGUAAUAGAGACAGCACCGGGAAUUCCCUGCUUCUGAGCUCCAACAACUUGGUCCUACCGGAAUUGACCAAACUCGUACACGAGACCAGCAUUUAAAGACUCUUUUUCUCUCUU